CAGAGAACUUGCACCGCAAUACAGGAAACAAAGUCACCAUGGUAACAGAGGGAUAGGAAUUAGACCGCUCAUUUGCGUUUGUCUCUUUGUAGUUGACAGUCGCUCCUAUGCUGGACUCCACAGGAGAGAGAGGGAGAACUUGUGAUAGUGCCAUGCUAAAAGAAAAAAAUCUGUCGUGGAUCAAACAUUUUGUUUCACAAGGAUAAAACUUGACUUAUCUGAUAGAGGACUUUUCCACUGGCUCUAUGGAUGAAACAACGGAUAUAAACCCAAGCGUCAACGUCACCGAUGACACCUGCCCUAAUCUAUACGACCAUCGUCCGGUGGCUCGGGUGCUCAUGCCCCUGCAUUACACCAUCGUGUUUGUGGUGGGUCUCUUUGGCAAUGCUUUGGCGCUGCACGUGAUCCGGCCCAACCUGCGCAAGAUGAACUCCACCACGCUCUACUCGGCAAACCUGGUGGUGUCCGACAUCCUGUUCUCGCUCUCCCUGCCGCUGCGGGUGAUGUACUACGCCGGGGGCUUCCACUGGCCACUGGGCGAGCUGGCGUGCAAGGCCACAGCGCUGGUGUUCUACAUCAACACCUACGCCGGUGUCAACUUCAUGACCUGCCUGAGCGUGGACCGCUUCAUCGCCAUCGUGCUGCCUCUGCGCAUGGCUCGCUUCCGCAGGGUCCAGCGGGUCAAGUGGGUGUGCGUGGCGGUGUGGCUGUUGGUUCUUGCCCAGACCCUGCCUCUGCUCUCCAUGCCUAUGACCAACAAGGAGCCUGGCGGCUACAUCACCUGCAUGGAGUACCCCAACUUCGAGAAGGUGCCCAACCUCCCGUUUAUGCUCAUUGGUGCCGUGUUCCUGGGUUACGGGAUCCCCAUGGUCAUCAUCCUGGUCUGCUACUCGUGGCUCCUCUCCAAGCUGCACGUGUCGGCCAAGAACAACAACCUGGCAGAGAAGUCGGGCCGCAUUAAAAAGAAGGCCAUCGGCGUGAUCUGCUGCGUCAUACUGGUCUUUGUGGUAUGCUACACACCCUACCACGUGGACCUGCUGCAGUACAUGAUCCGCAAGCUGCGAUACAAGCCUGACUGCGCCGAGCUCCACGACUUCCAGAUCUCGCUGCACUUCACCGUGAGUCUGAUGAACCUCAACUCCUGCCUGGAUCCCUUCAUCUACUUCUUCGCCUGCAAGGGCUACAAGAAGAAAGUGAUGAACCUCCUCAGGAGGCAGGUGAGCAUGUCCUUCUCAAGCGCCGUGCGCACCUCGCCCGAGGAGUCCUCCCGCGACCUGGACCACAACAGAAUCCGUCUCAACAGCAGGAGCGAGCACUGCUCUACAUACCAAUCUGAACUAUUGGAAUAAGAGACUGCGACAGGGCCUGGACUGUAUGGUGGCAAUAGGAGACAGUAAUGUUUUUUUUUCAUUUUCGUCCACCAAAAGAGGACAAAUUUGAAGGGAAGCCUGAUGACCUGCUUUGAUGAACUGCUGGAUAAAACGGGUUCCUUGUUCAGACCAAGUUAGUUAGUCUUCUCUAAUAAAUCACUUGAGAGACACACACUCUGUCGUAGAGGGGAUAAGGAAAUGGAGGCUGCUAAAAUGUAAAUUGCCACCAAAUUUGUCUGGCUGUCUCUUUUUAAUGUACCUGUCUCUCCUUUUCAUAAAAACAUUUUUCUUGCUGAGGAUGAAGUUCUUUUGCUUCCGGUUUGCAAAGGGCAAACCACAUGAAACAUGUUAGGGGCAUUCUAAAGGUCUCCCAGUGAUUCCUCUUUCUCCCAUUGCUCAGCAUCAAGUUAAGAAUUCUUUCACAAAUUAUCUUUAUAAUGCUUAUAACACACAAGUGUUGUUUAUAAUGCUUAUAAGUCGAUGUGAUAUGGGAUUCGAGAAGCCAUCCCAGAUACCAAUUAGUGGUGAUCGAAAUUAUGAAGUACUCCGUUACUUAGAGAUAGAGAGUGACAAAUACCUCCUACUCAUGUCUUAUUUCAGGAACUGAAAGUCUUCUGUCUGAGCCAUGUCUUGUUUUUAACAUCCAUGUGUAUGCUGGUGAGAUCAACUGUCUUGUUUAUACAUCCAUGUGUAUGCUGGUGAGAUCAACUGUCUUGUUUUUACAUCCAUGUGUAUGCUGUAGAGAUCAACUGUCUUGUUUUUACAUCCAUGUGUAUGCUGUAGAGAUCAACUGUCUUUUUUUAUCCAUGUUUAUGCUUUUGUAAUAGUUUUUGUGUUAGUUUGACAUCUGCUCUACGACACGUUUCUGUAUGUCUACCGCCCCCUAGUGUCUGCUGUGACUGGUGUGCGUUGUGUUGAUAAAGACUUGUGUGGCCACCAUUUGAAAUGUCACACUGCUAGAGUGCGUGGAUGUACAAGCAGUGUAACUUCCUGUGGUACAAAGACAAAAAAAAGGUAUAACCUUUGAUUUGAAUCCUUCUUUUCCUUUUCUUUCUAUUCGAUUCGUUUUGGAAUAAAAACCCUAAUUUGUA